GAAGAACAGUGGCGUUGAUAAUUUGUUUUGUCAAGAUGCAGAUCUUUGUGAAGACCCUAACUGGUAAGACCAUCACCCUUGAGGUUGAGCCCAGUGACACCAUCGAGAAUGUCAAGGCCAAGAUCCAGGACAAGGAGGGCAUCCCCCCAGACCAGCAGCGUCUGAUCUUUGCCGGCAAGCAGCUGGAAGAUGGCCGCACCCUGUCCGACUACAACAUCCAGAAGGAGUCCACCCUCCAUCUUGUGCUCCGUCUGAGGGGAGGUAUGCAGAUCUUCGUUAAAACCCUGACUGGUAAGACCAUCACCCUUGAGGUUGAGCCCAGUGACACCAUCGAGAAUGUCAAGGCCAAGAUCCAGGACAAGGAGGGCAUCCCCCCAGACCAGCAGCGUCUGAUCUUUGCCGGCAAGCAGCUGGAAGAUGGCCGCACCCUGUCCGACUACAACAUCCAGAAGGAGUCCACCCUCCAUCUUGUGCUCCGUCUGAGGGGAGGUAUGCAGAUCUUCGUUAAAACCCUGACUGGUAAGACCAUCACCCUUGAGGUUGAGCCCAGUGACACCAUCGAGAACGUCAAGGCCAAGAUCCAGGACAAGGAGGGCAUCCCCCCAGACCAGCAGCGUCUGAUCUUUGCUGGCAAGCAGCUGGAAGAUGGCCGCACCCUGUCCGACUACAACAUCCAGAAGGAGUCCACCCUUCAUCUGGUCCUGCGUCUUCGUGGAGGCAACUAGUUAACUUAUACUCUUAACAAUGUCACAUCUUAACUCCAAUUUCCCUCAUCCCAAAAUCCCUCCUAACCUCCAACCCCACCCUUUGACCUCACUCCAAUCCCACCACUGACUUCCCCUAACCUCUAAUCCCCAACUCUUAUUUUUUUUAUUUCAAUAAAGUUGAAGCAUUCCUGA